UUUCCCUCCAACCUGUACUUGUAGCAGGCUGCUUCCCUGACCCAGUAGCUAUCGUUGAGCACUCCUGCUGCUGCUAGCAACCACAGACGUUGAGUGGAGCUCGCGCUCUGUGGUGUGUGUGUGUCAGUGUGUGGAGUGGAGCCUAUCAGCUUCAGCCAUGGUCGGGCGUAUGGAUGGAGCCAAGGGGGAGACGGUGUGCGUCACCGGCGCCGCCGGGUACAUCGCCUCGUGGCUCGUCAAGCUCCUCCUGUCCCGCGGCUACACCGUCCGCGGCACCGUGCGCGACCUCGGUGAGAAGAAGACCGGCCAUCUGAGGUCGCUAGAGAACGCAUCUGAAAAUCUCAAGCUUAUCAAGGCCGAUCUGCUUGAUUACGACGCGAUGGCGGCUGCCAUAGAGGGAAGCCAGGGAGUUUUCCAUGUCGCGAGCCCGGUUCCUAAGGGGGAUGUGACUGAUCCAGAGGUUGAAGUUUUGGGUCCUGCUGCUACUGGUACGAGGAAUGUACUGGAGGCUGCGUCCGCCGCCAAGGUUCGGCGGCUGGUCGUCGUGUCAUCCAUAGUCGCCGUCGAUAUCAACCCGAAAGAUUGGCCCACCGACAAGAUCAAAGAUGAAAGUAGUUGGUCAGACAGAGAGUUCUGCAGGAGCAACGAGGACUGGUAUUCGGUUUCCAAGAUCACCGCAGAAGAGGCGGCGCUCGAGUACGGGCGGCGGACCGGCCUGGAUGUGGUCACCCUCAACCCGGCGGUGGUGUUCGGUCCCCUGCUGCAGCCAACGGUGAACGCGAGCAGCCAGUUCCUCAUCUACUUCCUGAAAGGAGGCCCUGACCGGAUGAGGGACAAGCUCUGGCACAUCGUCGACGUGCGUGACACCGCCGACGCGCUGCUUCUUCUCUACGAGGCGCCCGAGGCCACCGGCAGGCACAUCUGCGCCCCACAUGUCAUCACCGCCCGCGACCUGCUGGACUUGCUCAAGAGCAUGUACCCUGACUACCCUCACAUAAGCAAGGAAAGCAUCAGUGAUAUGGAUCACCCGGCGCCAAUGACCACCGACAAGCUGAAGAAGCUGGGGUGGAGCUGCCGGUCGCUGGAGGAGACCAUCACGGACAGCGUCGAGUUCUGCCAGAAGGCCGGGUUUCUGGACGAUGUGGAGUGGGCGGGGCCAUGCCGUUUCCCUCCUCUUUACAACAAGAUUUAGGUUCAGCAAGAGCGAGAGAUUAGGCACAAGUUCUACAAUCGUAUCUUGCAGUCGGCUCACACCAAUCCAGCGUCUCAAGUUGAAGGUGGAAGAUGGACCAUUCCUUUUGAUUCAGUAAUAAGGUCUCCCUCAUUAUAGUGAAAAGUUUUUCCCUGUCGAAAUCAAGUGUUUAUGCGCCAAACGCUAUCUACCAAACGACAUCCAUAUCCAUAUGGUGCAUUUUAGAGCAUCCCAACAACAGCCCUAUAAUAGAGCAUUUCCUAACUAUGCAGAGAUCAAUGUGUAAUGAUUGUGUUUGUAUCCGCUUGAUGCUUCAUUUUAAGCUAAUUAAAUUCA